UGUGGUUCCGACAAAUAACUUGUUGAAAUGAAUAAACGGCGAAACAAUCUUGAAACGUCAUGUGAUUUAAAGCCGCAUUUCCGUUACCAUAGUGGCGUCAAGGUCGGCCGCCGAUUGGUCGAUGCAACGUCUCCGUCAGCCAAUGAAAAUGAGCGCUUUUUACAAACUCUUCCGGAAGUCAACACUGCAGUUUGGAGUUUUUGCGUUGAGCAGCUAAAGAGGGGCUGUUCUGUAUCAACACAAAAACAGCACAAAAGAAGUUACGGGUUUCUACAUAGCAUCGGUAGACACUGAAGCUCUCUCAAAAUGGCAUCCUCAAACCCUCUACGACCCCAGAACAGAGCUCUCCAGAACCAGACAGGGAUCUUGAAGCACCAGUUGGUGAAUAAAACCAAACAAACUGCUGUGUCCACUUCUAGAAGAGGUUCAGAGAAUCUUGACCCCAAUGCUGAAGCUGACGCUGGAAAGGGACUCAGUAAAUUGAAAGGUGUCAGCAGGCUUCCAGUCCUUGCCAAAUCUCUCCAACCAGCUGUAAAUGACCUCUCACAACAGAACAAAUGGGAACAGAGACCUCUUACGGGUAAAGCUCAGAAGAAAAAGAUCUGCACCAAACCACUUCCCUUCAAUUUAUCCCAAUCACGCACACGCAGUCAGAGAAGCACAGAGGUCGCUGGUGGAAAACCACCCCUGAUACCUGGCCGGCUAACACCAGCAGCAAAAAUGAAACCAGGUGUCUUAAAAACAUCACACAAGACCCAAUCUGUCUCUAUUGAUGGUCACCCGCCAAAAGCAGAGACACUCUCGCACGACACCAGAAGCGGCAGUGAUUUAAGUUCCCGUUUGGGUAACAUCACUCUUGCACAGUCUAAGCUUUCCGAAGACUCGGGUUUGAGUCAUUUAUGUAAAACUUCACUCAGUAAAAUAGGUGUUGGUUCAGAUGGUCAAGCACAAAAGGACAAAACCAGCAUUCAGCAAUCAAGCCAUGCAGGCAUCAAAGGGCCAUUGUCUACUCUUUCAUCAGCAAUGCACCAUGUCCCCUCAUGUGAGGGAUCAAGUGUUGUUGGAGCUCAGUGUGUGAUGCCACGAUUAUCUACUUGCCCUCCUGGAUCCUCUUAUAAUCUGAUAUUUCAGGCUCAAAGGGUUUCUGUGAAGAAGAGUCAACGUGAAAUUGUCAGCGGCACAGGCAAUACUGGGGCAUUUUCCCCUGACCCGUCAGCAUUACGUAGUAUUCUACAGAAUGAUGCAACGAGAAUAGUGGAGUCUGUUGGGGCAACACCCAGAAUAUCGACCUGUCCCGCUGGUAGACAAACAUCUUUUUAUUCUGCUCAAAGAGUUCCAGUAAAGAAGCCUCAUAAAGAUGACUCAGCAGCUAAAGUAACAGGAAGCACUGUGUCCUUCUCCCCUGACCCUUCAGCUCUUCACAGUAUUCUACAGAAUGAAGGUGUAAGGGUGGGGACUCUGGGUGGAGCAACACCCAGAGUUUCAACAUGUCCCACCGGCAGGGGAACAUCCAUUUACUCUGCCCGGCGAGUACCUGUGAAGAAGACUAAAACAGAAGCCACAGGCACUGCAUCUCAUUGUCCAAAUAAGACACCAGUAAGGACAUGGACACCUCAGCGGGUUCCAAACACCAAACCACAGUCAAUGAGAAGGCUGCUUACCGCACAAAAAAUGUCCCAGUUUAGGGACUCCCCUGGUUUGAAUGGACCCCAAGACCCCAGCACUGAACUCAUAAUGCAACAAGUGGAGGAUGUUGUUCAAAGGUUAUUUGAAGAUCCAGACCAGACGGACAAUGAUCAGACGAACAAAAGUGAUGUCAAGUCAACUAUUCUGACAACAUCGACUAGUCACCAAACUAUUGAACCAGUAUCCAAUAAAGAGAAUUCAGAUGUAAAUAAACGCCACACUGCGGAUGACGGCAAGAAAGCGGCCCAACCUUUUAUACAAGCAGCACAUAGAGGCUCGGUCAUUGUUUUCUCAUCAACCCAAAGACCAGUGACAGAACCCCCUCUGCAGCUCUAUGUUGACAGCGUUAUAUCCCAAAAUGCAUUGCAGUCAGACCAAAACGGUCACUCAGAUGCGACUAAACACAUUAACAAUUGCACACAACGUCAAAUAAAAGUGUCUGCUCUGCGGCGACGUCAUACUCCUUUAGAAGAGAUGAUUUUGGAUGAGGAAUGCGCUACCUAUACAUCUCGCCCGCUGUCUUGCCCAUUACAACCCCGCAGUGGCAACCCUGUAGCCACCAUACUUCUGUUUCAAGACUCUACUUGUUUUUUACCUAUAGGCCUGUCCUCUCCCAUGCGUCUGAGUCCAGUACCUGGUUCCUCUAUCAGAGCUUAAAUGCACUACCACUAUACAUAUUUAUGCCUGAAACAGUAUUAUUAGUUGCACUAUUUGUUUAUGUAAAAUUUUGUAUAUGUAGGUAAUGAGCACAGCAACUGGCUACUAAUUGAUACGGAUGCUUUAAUUGUACGCCACAAGCACUACAUUUCUGUUUUGGGUCUAAAUAUUCACUGUAUGGGGUGCAAAUAUGAUGAAGACUUUGUAAAUCUCUUUUGUACUAUGUACGCUUUCAUGGACUUCAAUUAUGUAAACUUGUCACUUGUGUAGAGCGUUUAAUAAAUGUGUAUAUAUAAAGAUGUUGAAAUGAUUAUUUCACUUUAAAA